AAAGUUGGGGCCAGCCACGCAGCUCCCGUCGCGAAACAGGAGAGAAGAGUCGCCAGAUCACGUCCCCAAACUUCAGAUCAGGCGCCGACCCGACAACCGAACCUCAACCCGCUGCCACCAUGCCGCCCCGAUUAAACAUCCCGCCGGUAACGCGCAUCGUGCUCAUUGUGCUGGGGCUGCAGUCGGUGCUGAGCGCAGCAAUCCGCUACCGCCAGUGGACGGCCAACUCGGAGAUCGUCAUCCCCUACCUCAACCUCGUGCCGCAGCUGUCGCUCGUCUACCCCUGGACCUUCCUCACAACAACGCUCGUCGAGAACAACGUCUUCACCUUAUCCAUUGCCGGUCUCACUCUCUACCAUGGUGGCCGCUAUCUGGAGCGGGCCUGGUCCUCGCGGGAGUUCGCCAAAUUCCUCCUCAUCGCCUCUCUCAUUCCCAACCUGCUUUGUUUCGGCACUACGAUUGUGUUUUUCGCCCUGACGCGCAACGAGAGCUGGACGCUCAUGCCCAUCGCCGGCACCAUUCCCCUUCAAAUCUCUUUUCUCGUCGCUUUCAGCCAACUCGUCCCUGCGCACACCGUGACCCUUUUCAGGGGCCUCCUUUCGCUACGCGUUCCUCGCUUCCCGCUGUUGUACAUUGGCCUCGUUACGCUCCUUUGCCUUACGCCCAUGCUCACCAUCGUCUCCUUCCUCCUCGCCGUGUACGGGUUCCUCGUCAGCUGGACCUACCUGCGCUUCUACAAGGUCGCCUUCCCCGACCUCGACACCUCUCAGCCGAGCUCUCUUCGCGGAGAUGCCAGCGAAACCUUCGCCAUUGCCGAGUUCUUCCCCGGUCCCGUGCGGCCGUUCGUCUCCGCCAUUUCCACCCAGGUGUUCAACGUGCUUGUGGCCAUGCGCCUCUGCGUACCCUUCAGUCCAGCCGAUAUCUCAGCUGCGCGCGGCGAUCACCACCACGGCUUCUCGCACCGCGGUGCGCCGGGUAGUGCUCGCGCUGAGGCCGAAAGGAGGAGGGCGCUUGCGCUGAGGGCGCUUGAUCAGCGUCUACACGCCGCCACUGCGAAUGCUGCUGCCCGCGCGCAGAGCGCUCCGGUGCCGCCGGCUGUCGCGCCCCCUGUCCCCACGGCGACGGGGCCCACCGUGCAGAACCAACCGCAGGUGACACCACCAAACGCCAUGACGGCGCAAGCCGCCGGCGGCAGCGGGCUGCUGGGCGAGACGAACUACAAUCCGGAUGCCGAUUCGAACGGCUCGUGAGGGCAGAGUUGUGAGCGUGCGAGCGUGAAUCAUCUCUCCGCUGCUUCAGCAAUUUCUCGCUUGCUCCCUUCCGGUUGUCCCAGGCACGGGGAGCUUCUUGGAGCGAAGCCAGGUUGAACGCAUACUUUUUACGAUCACGUCCCUAAUCAGCAGGCGAGUCCUUUUGGGAAAGCUCCGCUUCGGAGUUGGAGUUAUACAAAGACGGGGGGUUCUUGCAGGGUCGCGUGGCUUUUGACCUUUGGGAACGGGAGCGCAACCGGUACCUGCCUACGGAGCGGCGAGUUACUGUCACGAACUGAUGUCGACCCCCCUUGCUGGGUCAGGAUUC